AUGGUCACCAGAGCCAUGCGCCAGAUCAUCCUGAUCGGCGUCAUUUGCUUAGGCACCAUAGGCAUGUUCAAUGCAAUGUCCUCGAUCGGCAAUGCAGGAAACCACUCGCCCACUGCCCAGAACAUGGCCAUCACCUCCUCCUCCAUAGCAUAUAUCAUCGGCUUCCUCGUCGCCGGUGGAACCUACAACAUGCUCGGGCCACGCCCCUGUGCCGCUUUUGGUGGAUUUACCUUUUUCCUCUACGCCGGAGCCAUGUACCUCGCCAGGAACGACGAACAUUCGAUCUACCCUCCUCUUGCAGGCAUCCUCCUCGGCCUCGGCGCCGGCUGUAUCUGGGUUACCCAGGGCGCCAUGAUGAUGUCCUAUCCCACCGAAAACAACAAGGGAAAGUACAUCGCCUGUUUCUGGGCAAUCUUUAACGUCGGCGCCGUCCUCGGCUCGGCCCUCCCCCUCAUCAUGAACAACUCUCUUCACGCUGACCUCGACGACGUCUCCCCUUCGACCUACAUCGUCUACAUGGCCGUCAUGGGUGUCUCGACCUGUUUCGCCUUCUUCCUCUCCAAACCUUCGACCAUCGUCCGUGAUAACGGAGAGCCCGUGAUCGUCGCAAAGUUUGCAGGUGUCCGAGCAGAGUUUAGGGCGAUUCUGUCCGUCUUUUGCGACUGGCGCAUGCUCCUCCUCAUCCCCGCCUUCUUCUUCUCCAACUUUUGCUACACCUACCAGUUCAACGACUUCAACGGAUCCAACUUUAAUAUCAGGACACGGUGUCUCAAUUCGAUCGUCUUUUGGGUCGCACAGAUCGUCGGUGCGCUCGUCAUUGGCCAUCUGCUCGACAAACUUCCAUGGAAACGACCAAAGCGAGCCAUGUUAGGCCUCUUGGUUGUUGCCGUCCUCUUCAUGUCCACCUGGCUUGGCGCCUUCUUGCUUCAGCUCAAGCAUAAAUGGCAACGGAGAUCUGUCAACCCCGACUUAAUCGACUUUGAGCACGGAUCGACCUACUCGGAACUCUUGACCAUCUUCACCAUGUUUGGCUUUUGCGACGCCGCCUUUGCCGUCUACUGUUACUGGCUCAUGGGCGCCCUCUCCAACAAACAUGAUGAGCUCUCACGCUACGCAGGAUUCUUCAAGGCGAUCCAGUCCCUUGGGAGCGCUGUGGCUGCACCCCUCGAUCUCGCCGGGACGCCACUGUAUGCCUACCUGGUCACCAAUUGGGUCCUCUGCGGUGUCUCCAUCGCCGCCAUGUUCCUUGUCUGCAGGACCGUCACCGAUACAACCAUUGAGGGCGACGGCGAUUAUGAUUCUGAUGGCGAUUCUUACUAUGCUCGGUCAAUUUCACCCGAGCGGGACGUGGCAGCAGCAUUAGAGGCUCCUGAACCUAUCAGGACAUUAUCCAGCACAUCUGAGAGGGACUCCGGCGUCAGCGAAGGAAGCGGGACUCUUUGGGAUUCAAGAGACAGCGAGCCGUGUACAAUCCGUCGAUCCAGCAGCAAGACUAUCCGCAAGGGUGAUGAGCAGUACCUGUCGACCAAUGAAGCCACGGUGGACCGAUCCAAAUGGAGGACAAGCUCUGUUCUGUCGACAACAUCCAUGGCCGAUCCCACAACAUGUCCGUCACCGACCUAUCAACAAACUCACCACCAUGUACGCAGGAAUUCCGCGCGAACAAGAGCGCCUCCUAUGGUCGAGAUCCAGGAUGAUCAGUCGUAUUUGAGCCAGCAACAGCAGCAGCAGCAGCAGCAGCAGCAACAAACUACUUAUCCCAACACGCCAUUCCUGGCAGUGCCAGACAUUGCCUUUUCCAGUCACAAUUCGUCCAACCCAGCACUGGAUAGCAUAUCAGGAGUAUCGACCGUGAUACAAAUGCACCACCUCAGUCCACAACCCCAGCAAACAGCCAGUCUGACUGCACAACAAGGAUCAACCUCGAUGUUUGGUGGCGCUCCUUCGUCUAUCUCGACCACAUCUGCAAACGGCUUUCUUCAGCCUACGGGGUUGUACCACGGUGCUCCUUCUCCGUCGACAUCGGCUACGUCAGCACCCUGGUCGACAGCGUCAACUCGCUACGAUGAGGAUCAGGAUAUGGAUUCUGUCGAGACCUGCUCCGUCUCGUCCAUGUCCUCCGGUCACGACUCGAUUCCCGAGAUGGGCGAGAUGGGACCUGAACCACAGUCUAGGGCACGUCGGAUAUAA